AUGGCAGAACGUAAGGAGGCAAGUUGGCAACUAUUCAGUGAGGAGCUAAAGCAUGCGCUGACAACUCUGACUCAGCCGCUGCUCCCAGGCUAUGUAGACGAAGCGAAUCGCACUGAUAACGAUGGGCUUCAAACUGUGUUGAAUGAGGUGAUCGAUUGGGUCACACGACACCAACCUAAAGAAAAAGAGAUCCCCAAAGCUUUAGCACGCUUGGCUUGUGUGAUGUCUGUCCAAAUUAAGAGACAAGACGAAGCCAUGGGAAGGGCCCAAGAACAGAUACGGGCACAAAUGAAGGAAAUUGAUGAUCUCAAAGAGGAGCUGGGAGGCACUGAAAGGGCUCUACAGCAAGCUCAAGACCGUUUGGAUGAGAUGCAAGCAGAGGCUCCAUCCAAACAUGAUCAAAACCCUUCCUUAGUAACCCAAAUCUCAGACUUGCAUGACACCAUUGAGGAAAAGGAAGCUCAGCUUUCGGACGCUAGGUCCACCAUUCAUGAACAAUUACAGGAAUUGUCAAGGGUGAAAAGCAACCUAGAUCAGUCCUCAACUGAUGCAAGGGACUGGAAGGCCCAGUUUGAAAGCAAAAGGGUGGCCCUCGAAGCAGAAGAGAGACAUUCUGCUAAUCUAAAGCAAAUGCUCCUCGAGACUCAGAGGAAACUUAGUCUGGGUCAACCCCAGCAAGAUCAGAGCGGGCGAAGCUCGCCAAGCAGUCAACAGACGCUUCCAUUCCCUACCUUUCGACCGAGUCGUGUCCCCAGAGGACAUUCAGGUCGAUCAAGUCCGGAUGACACCGGACGGAACUGGGGUCAUACUUUGUCGCCCCUUCACCAACCAACACCUUCCGGGUAUCGUUCCCUGAGUUACCAACCUCAGUCCACGCCUGCUGCUCGUCAAGCGGCAUAUCCCACAGACAGGGAUCUGGACAAGAUGGCUCGUAACAUCACACGAUUUGAACCCGGUCGAAAAGGUUCUGAAGACCCAAGCACCUACUUGAAAGACAUCGACUUCUACUUGAGAAAGUUUCCAGGUGCUCUUGUGGAUGACAAAAUCUACUUGAUCAAAGCUACCUCCAAUCGAGAGGUUAGCAGCUUCAUUGAACGACAACCGCGUCGGGUCAAGAACGACUAUGACCUGCUGUGUCAGGCAUUAAUUGACGAGUUCUCUGACUCCCUUACACCCACUGGUUUAGCUGCUGCACUGUUAGUCAAACAGGAGAGACAGGAAUCUCCCCAGUUGUACUACGGUCGCCUUCGCCAGGCUUACUUUGGUUGUCAAAAUGAACCUGAAAUGGAGGAAGAUCUAAACUUUAAGACUUUGUUCAAAACCUCCAUCCGACCACGAGUCAUCAUCUUGGGGUUGCUGCUUGUCCCCGAACCUUAAACAGCAGACAGCUCCGCGAACUGGCUGUAAAAGGCUUCGCUAAACAGCGACACACCCAAUCCAAGAAAGCCGAACCUGGUACUGUCUUGGCUGUGGACACAAGGUCCAUGGCCCUAGAUCUGGAGGGCGGUGCCGUGGGUGCGCAUUCAGAUGCACCUCAAACUGCAACAGCCCGACCAACCCAGAAUCUGAAAACUUCCCGAUAUCAGCCAGCUGAUAAAGGUCAAAACCUGAAGCAGCCUCGGUCUGACAGUGAACAACACCAGGUCAGAUUUGACGAAGAUCGUCCACCCUCGUACUCUCACAGGGAUGGGGCUCACCCUAGAAGGGAUGACACCCAUCGGCCCUACCGACCUGACAACAGGGGGUGGAGAGACCGGUCAGAUCGUUAUGGCCGAGAACGAAACUCAGAGCGACCUUACCCGCAGUCUCAGUCAGCACUUUCUGACGAAGAGAUGGGUACAAAGGCCAAAUCAGACCCUCCCCAGAAGGGUAGUGGAUCUAAAGGCGGAUCUAAGGGUGAAUCAAAGUCCUCUGAUCUGACAGAGGAAGAACGCAAACUCCUUAGACAAAUAAUCCGUAGAAUACAGAGAAAAGGAGAUAAGAAAGCAGAUCUCUUCUCUGUCGCUGUCGUCCAGGAUGACACUUCUGAGCCAAACAUGAUGCCUGUCCAGCAGACUGCAGUUCAGGGGGACGUGUGCAUGUCCUUACAGGAGUCGGUGACACCCUCACCAGCUGACACUCCUGCCGAUCUUGAACCUCAGGACAACACAUCACAAGAAACGACAUCUACCAGCGCCGUCUUGGUAGUACAGGCGAACUCCGCAGAGGAGCCAGCCGAAGAAGACUCCUCACUUAUUCGGCUUGAACCACCUUUCCUCCAAUUCUUGUGCAACCUCACUGAGAAGGGCAUCGCACAGAAGUUUUACGUUAAUGCCGUCCUUGAAAAUGAACUUCAACACGAAGCACUCUUAGACACUGCUGCUGACAUCACUCUGAUGUCCUCCACGCUCUUUAACCGCUUGCGCAAUAUGGUGCAGCAGUCCAACAGGGACAUCAAGCUGCAGCCCUGCGCCAUGGAGAUUCCGCCGUACUCCACAGACCGUACGACCUUAAAAACAAUGACGAUGUUGAACAUCUCCAUUGGACCAAUGAAAAUCAUGCACCCCGUGUAUGUGUCGCCCCUUGAGUCGAUUCCUUUCCUCAUCGGUCAAGACCUUUUAAAACGGUUUGAGCCCCUGAUCGAUUAUCGACAGCUGAAAAUAUGGGCACAGGUCUGCAGACCAUUACCCAUACCAGCAACCAACAAGAAUCGGGCUCAGUGUUACGCCCUGACGCGUGAACUUGCUACAAGCACACCGACAAGUGUAAGCUCACCGGAGCAACCCUACUUGACUGACGAUGAGCCACAACCCUGCUCGUGGCCUUUCGAUGACUCAGUCAUAAAGAGGGACACAUUUUUGUGCAAAUUCGAUGACACCAAUGGACCCGACAUGCCCGGGCCAUUUAUCACUGAAGGCAUCAAUUUGAAUGAGAAUCACGUCAACGAUGUGAUUUUGGCUCUUUGGGCUGACAAGUCAGCCAUCAGCCGUGAACUGUACGACGCCUUAUCUAGGGAUGACCCAAACCUCCAGUGUGCUCGGAAAGCAUUUCGCUUCCCCUUGGACUCCCUUCCUAAAGCUACCAUGACUGCUGAAGGCGUCUGUGCCUUAACUGUGCGGUGGAACAAAAGGGAGAUGACCCACCACUUCUUGGUCAUCCCAGACCUACCACAUCAGGUCUACAUGGGAAGUGAUAUACUGGUCAGGUUGGCAGUCCAGGUCGAUACCAUUAACAACAUACUGUGGUCCCUUACCAGUGUUAAUGAGGAAACCCAGACCCCUGAUGUCGACAACAUCAUAUCAGGACAGUCGAUCCCUGAAGCCUGUCAGGUAGCCAAUGAACUUGACAUUGUCAUACCUGCAAUGACCACAAAUGUUCCCAUUCGCUUGAAUCUACAACGUGGACAAAAGCUGUCGCACACUCAAGCUUUCUUCCAGCCGUCGUUGCUCUUUCUUAAACUAGGGCUGUCUACUCAGGCAACUCCUCUUCCUGAGCUUCACUCGAGAUUCACACACUUGCUUGUACAAAACACGACACCCGAAGAUAUCCUGAUCCCUAAAUCCACCCCGCUGGGUUGGUUGAUCAGCACGUCGUUCCACGACUUUGAAUUGAGGAUUCCUGUAAUAGGAAAAAUGCCCCGUUCUCUGAUGUCAGACCAUUCGCCGGAACAGGUCUUUCAUACCCUACCUUCCAGGGCUAUCUCGCUCUUCCCAACUGUACCGCUGGACCACGACACCAUCUGUCAGGUCGACCUCUCUGAGGACUCACAGAUGAUCCUGCACACAGUGCAAGUCCUAAGCGUCAGUUCAGAGCCAGAAACGGCCCAUACACUUUCCGGGGUAGAACCCUCUAUCUUCCCAACCGUGCAAACACCUGAGCACGAUCCAGACUUCGACGCCAAAGUCGAACAGCUCGUAGCUGAGGCAGACGCCCUGAACGGCGAAGAGGAGCGUGAAAAGCUUCGCAAACUUCUGCACAAAUAUCGAGCCUCUUUCGCCAAAGACUCGCUUGACUGUGGCAUACCCUCUAUCCACUCUAUCCGAAUUCCGACACCACCAGAUGCACCACCAACUUUUGUACGCCAAUACAAAAUUCCCUUAGCGUCUUAUGAACCUAUUCAGGAAAUCAUAGACGAUCUUUUGGCGAAAGGGAUCAUUCGGCCAUGUAACAGUACCUACUCAGCCCCACUCUGGCCGGUACUGAAACCAAAUGGUAAAUGGCGACUGACCAUCGAUUACCGCAAACUGAACCAACAAGUUCCCCUUUCCAGGUGGCCUAUGGCUCAGCUCCAACAGGAUCUGCCAAAGAUCACUGACACGAGAUACUUCUCCACUCUUGACGUGGCAUCAGGGUUCUGGACGAUACCAGUACAGGAAGCUGACCAGCACAAACUGGCGUUCACUUUUGCCAACAGGCAGUACACCUUCACCCGAUGCCCUUUCGGCUAUGCCAACUCGCCAGCAGAGUUCAACAUCUUUCUUAACAAAGCCUGCCCAGAUGCUAGUGAGAGAGGCACCCUCAUAUAUGUCGAUGACAUCUUAAUGAGGAGCCAAACCCUGGACAUGCAUCUCACUGAGAUUGACCAUGUCCUGAACCAGCUCACGAACGCCGGGGCAAAGAUAUCUCUGUCGAAAUGUCAGUGGUGCAGGACCAAGGUGAACUACGUCGGUUUGCUUGUUGGUCCAACAGGGGUCGAACCACAGCUGAGUCGAAUUCAAGGACUGUCAAACCUUAAAGCUCCCACGAACGUCUCAGAGCUUCGCAGCUUUUUGGGAGUAUGCAACUACUCCAGACAGUUCAUUGAGGACUAUGCAGACUUAGCAAAACCCCUCACCAACUUACUGAAAAAGGAUGUGCCAUUCACUUGGGGACCGCCCCAACAACAUGCCAUGCAAGCUUUAAAAGACAGACUCUGUGCAGCUCCUUGUCUUGCCUACCCAGACUGCAACAGACCGUUCUAUCUGGAGGUUGGUUUCUCUUGUCACUGCCUCAGUGCAGGAUUAUACCAGAUCCAUGACUCAGAUAAACGAGUCGUUGCGUACGCUAGCAAAACCUUGUUGGCUCCUGAACUGAAGUUCUCGGACUGCGAAAAAGCGCUUCUCGCCACUGUGUGGGCUGUGAAGCAUUUUUCCAAUUAUCUUUGGAGGCCAAAAGGUGAUUGUGGAAACCAAUCAUCAACCAGUGACCUUCCUUAACAGCCAAAGAAUCAGAGACGGCGUUGUAACCAACGCUCGUGUAGCAUCUUGGCUUAUGGCUCUUCAGAGCUUUGACAUCGAGGUCCACUACGCCCAAAAUUGCAAAACACCUCUCGGGAUGGAACUCGCAGCGUGCCAAAGCUGCUUGACAGACAGCGCGGACACAGGGUCCCCAACCUGCGACCCCGAGCCACCUGAAUUAUCUUGCCACCGGUACUUCGACGACAAUGUCUGCAAAGACAUGAUUACAGCUUACGUUGAUGGUUGCUCAUACCAUCACGACACUGUUCUCAGAGCAGGCGUGGGUGUUGUCUGGGUCAACGACGAACCGUGUGAACCACUCAGCUUCAACCUAGGGGCCCAAACGUCCCAGUAUGCUGAAGUGGCAGGCAUUCUGAUUGUUUUGCAACUUGCGGUGGAACACAAAAUCCACGCCUUAACGAUCUGUACAGAUUCCAAUUAUGCGCGACUCAGCUUCUCAUGCCAUCUGCCUUUGUGGAAACGCAACGGUUUCUUGACCUCAAACAGAAAGCCGGUCAAACAAGAAGAUCUGUUCCUGGCGUGCGACUUCUUGACCUCUAACCAUGAUCUCCAGAUCUAUUGGAAGAAAGUCAGGGGGCACUCUCGUAUCCCUGGUCCAGACAAGAUGUUUAAUGACCAGGCUGACUCCUUAGCCAAGCAGGGGGCCUUAACUGGCUCAAACUGGCACUUUGAGCCCUCUGUUUUUCCCCUCCCACCCGUGACCCUGGUUUGUGCUGUCACCAGAGCCCAGUCUCGAGCUACACCUCGCCCAGCUCCCUCGGGCCCGGUCUCCGCCACUGUGGCUCCAGCUUUUUCUGACUCUGACUUGCUGGUGCUCCAACCUUCGGACCCAGCCAUUGCUGCCAUGACGCAGUUCCUUUCAGGACCUCCUGACUCCUCCAUGGCUCCUGCCUUACUUGACUCCAUCCCUGGCCUGCGCCAUCUUUUCCGCGUGCGCUCUUCGCUGCGGCUCGUCAAGGGCUUUCUGGUUUAUGUCUCCGAUGCACUCACUUCGCCUGCCCUGGUGGUGCCUCGCAGUCACAGGGGGGUGAUGUUGACAUACGCCCAUGACACACCGUGCGCAGGACACAGAGGAAACAAAGCCACGCUCCAUGCUCUCCAACAGGUGGCCUAUUGGCCACACAUGCAGAAAGAUGUAGCUGACUACAUAAAAGGGUGCCUGGUUUGCUGCCAGUUUCAACUGGCAAACCCACUUCACCGAGCACCUCUGCAGCGCAGAGGUAUCUCCUUUCCUUGGUCAGACCUCCAGAUCGAUUGGUCGGGUCCGCUCACUAAGUCAGCAAGAGGAAACAAAUACUUCCUCACAGUUGUCUGUGCAUUCACCAAAUGGGUAGAAUGCCUACCAGCCCCAAACGAUACGGCUCAGACCACAGCCUACCUCUUGAUGAACCACAUCUUCUCGCGGUUCGGACUCCCAACUCGUGUCGACUCUGACAGAGGGACACAUUUCACCUCAGAGGUAAUGCAACAACUGUGGCAACUGUUGGGCGUCAAAGCCAACUUCCACAUCAGCCACCACCCCCAGUCGUCUGGACAGGUAGAACGGACAAACCGAACAGUGGUAACCAUACUGAAAAAGUAUGUGUCAGCCAACCACAAGGACUGGGAUGUUAAGCUUCCCUUGGUCCUGAUGGCCAUCAGAGCGACUCCACAUGGGUCAACUGGGUUCUCACCCUUCGAGCUGAUGACGGGCAGACAGAUGACCCUACCUCUGCACCUGCUGUAUCAGCCAGGUGAGGCCAGUAUAGCAACGGCCUACACGACCCAUCAGUACAUGACUGACUUACACCAGCACUUGAAGGCAACUUUUGCCUUCACCCAAGAGCAUUUCAGCAAAAGUGCUGAAGGACGCAAGUCCUAUUAUGACCAAAAAGCCUCCAAACAGGAACUCCAAGUGGGUGACAAGGUGUGGUACUACCUGUUCACCCAGCCCACUGGAGAUAAAGCCCCAAAGUCUGGGAGACUGGCACGAAAGUUCCUGCCCCGCUGGGCAGGCCCGUACCUGAUCACUGAAAAGCUCUCUUCUGUUGUGUACCAAAUUAAGAUCGCAAAGGGCAACAAAGAGCCGAUCCUUAAAUGGGUCCACCGCAACCAGAUUAAACUUCACCACAACCCCAUGGGACUUGUCGGGGCCUCCAGCGCCACCCUUGAGUCAUAA